AUGUCAGCUUUUGAAGAGUUGGGGUUACAAAGUAAUUUGUGUGAAUUACUAGAAAAAAAUGGCAUAGAUUUACCAACUGCUAUUCAACAAGAAUCGAUUCCUCUGAUUUUAGGAGGAGGCGAUUUAUGCGCUUGUGCUGAAACCGGUACAGGAAAAACAUUAAGUUUUAUUAUUUCAUCUUUGCAAAUAGUACAUGAAUUAUCCAGAAAUAUAGGGAGCUAUGAGCGUAGCGAUAAUAAUGCUACAAAUAAUACUUCAAAAUAUAAUAUAAAGGAAAAGGCUUUAAUAAAAUGUUUAAAUAAUAAUUCAAAAGUUGAAGUGAACAAAUAUGAAUGUAUAUGCAACAAUAAUAAUUUGAAUACAUUUGAAGAAAUAGGGGUAGACUGCGAAAUAAAAAAUGGAAAGUAUGCUUUUGAAAUAGAAAUAUUAUCAAAAAGUUUUAUUAAUGUUGGGUUUUGCCCAUCAGUUAGAGAAACUUUAAAAUAUAAUUAUACCUAUUGUAGUAAUGGAUACAAAUAUACUAACAACAGAUAUGAAAAUUAUAGUGAUCCUUUUACUACUAAUGACAUUAUUACUUGUUUAAUAAAUAAAAAUUCAAAUAUUAUUUCUUUUAAAAAAAAUGGUAAGUUUUUAGGAAAUGCUUUUAAAAUAUUUUAUAAAUAUAAUGAAGUUCCUUUUUUUCCUUAUAUAAGUGGUAAAAACUUUCAUGUAAAAUUUCAUUUCAAAAAUUUAAAAUACGUAGACACUUUCUAUUUUAAUGAAUUAAACGAUAUUUUAAGUAAUACUGAGAAAGAAAAUGAUUUUAGAAAAAUAUAUUAUGAUAAUUCUUUAGAAGAAAAUAAUGAGAAAGAAAAAGAAAGUAAAUAUAAUAUUACAAAUAAUAAUAAUAAUAAUCAGAAUAAUAUAUAUAAGAAUAAUAAAAAAAAAUUGUAUUGUAUAGUAUUAGUACCAACAAAAGAUUUAGCUAUGCAAACUUACAAUAAUUAUUUAACAUAUUCAGAAUGUUUCAUUAAUCCUUCUAUAAAUAUUGGAUUGGUAGUUGGCGGUGAACAAAAUAUAAGAGAAAGAAACUUCGAUUAUAAUAUAAUUGUAUGUACAUGUUUUAAAUUGAUAGAGUAUUUAAGAAAAAAUAUAAUUAAUGUUAAUGAUAUAAGAUUGCUAAUAUUAGAUGAAGCAGACGAACUUAUAAAUAAUGACGAGAAAUCUAUUUUACAAAUAAAAGAUACUUGUAUGAAAUAUAGCCAACAUGUGCAAACUUUAUUUUUUUCUGCCACUUUACAAGAUCAAAUUGUGAAGAAUUGUAUAAAUAAAAUUACAAAUAAUCCAAUCUUUGUUGAUUUAAAAUAUGGCAAAAAUAGCAUUCCUUCUCACAUUUAUGUUUGUAUUUAUUAUGUAAACGAUAAAAAUUCUAAUUUUUCAUAUGAAAAGGAAAACAAAGAAAUAUAUGAUAUAAUUAAUAAUGAAAAACUUAAUAGUAUGAGUUACGAAACACUGUAUGAAUAUACAGAUAAAGUUCAUUUACUAAAUACUAAAAGAAAUGAAAAGGAGAACAUUUCUUUGAACAUAAAAAUCAAUAAAUUAAAAAAAUUAAUCCAAAUAAUUAAUGUAUUUAAUAUGCAGAAUGGUAUUAUAUUUUGUAGAACAAAUUUAGAUUGCGACAAUGUAUAUAAUUUUUUAAAUUAUGUAGGAGAUGGAAAAGCAUAUAAAGGAACAGUAGAAACUCUCAAAGAAAAUAAAUAUUCUUGUGUUAUAUUAAAAGGAAAAAUGUCAAAUGAAGAAAGAAAAAAUAAUUUGAAUGCAUUUAAAAAAGGAGAAGUUCGUUUUUUAAUAUGUACUGACGUGGCAGCAAGGGGUAUUGAUAUUCAAAAUAUGAGACAUUUAAUUAUUAUGACUUUAUCAGAUAACAUUAAUACCUUUUUUCAUAAAAUUGGAAGAGUAGGAAGAGAUGGGAAAAAUAGCUUAUGUAUUGUUUUAUCUUCAGAUAAUGAAGAAGAAAAAGUAUGGUUUCAUACAUGUCCAAGUAGGGGAGUUAAUUGUUACAACAGAAAUUUGAAAGAGAAUAAAGGAUGCACUGUUUAUAUAAAAGAAAGUGAUUAUAUUAAAAGUAUAAAUGAUCUAUUAGAAAGUCCGAUGCAUAUACUAGACUCGAAAUAUUUUUAUAUAGAAAAUUUAGUUGAUCCAUUAAAUUAUUUCAAAUUUCACCCAGUUACUAAUAAGGGUAGAAGAAAUAAAAAUCAAAAUAUGAAUUCAAUAUUUUCAGAACAAACGCAUAAAGAUGUGCUUAAUUAUUUUAGUUCUAAUAUUAAUAAUAUUAGAAAAUUACAAAGUGCUAUACAUUAUAAGCAUUAUGAAUUAAUAAAUUUUAAAAUAUAA